AUGCGAGACAAUCAGGACAUGGAUGCCCACACCGUGCGAAAGAGUUGGGAGAGCUUCUCUGUGGUGGAUGCCGGCAAGGGUGAGAUUGCCUUGCACUCUGAACGCUGGAAUCGCUUCAUCCGUAUGCGGGACAGUGCCAACAUGGAUGCCAGCGCCACCAAGAAGCCCAAGGACCUUCCCACUGGCUGGACCUGGGAGCGCUUCAAGGUUGUCCAGGUUCUACUCAAGCCCGGCAGCGAGAUCGCCUUGCACAACUCAAUUCACAACCGAUUCAUGCGAAUGCAUGGGGACGCAAACAAGAUGGAUUCUUCAGCUGUGAAGGACAUCAACAAAUUGCCGGAUGGCUGGACCUGGGAGCGAUUUAAGGUCGUGGAUGCUGGCUUUGGUCAGGUUGCACUCCACAGCAGGAUUCACAAUCGCUUCGUGCGAAUGUGGGACUCCGACAUGGAUCGAAGUUCGAGGAAGAAUGCAGGUGAUCUGCCAAAAGGGUGGUGGGCAGAGCGCUUCACCGUCGUUGACUGCGGUGGUGGCAAGGUUGCGUUCCACAGCGCCCGCUUCAACCGCUUCAUUCGCAUGAACCACGCCGACAUGGAUCGCAGUGGCGUAAAGGAUGCUGAUGAGUUGCCGUCUGGCUGGACCUGGGAGUGCUUCAAGCCCAUUGAGGCGUUCACUUGCAAGACUGGAUCUGGCAGCAGUUGCAAGUCAUGUGUGGCUCCUGGCUCGCGAACAGCCACAGAUCACUGCAGCAGCUGCAACGCUGGCUUUGCUUUGGUCGGUCGGGUCUGCAAGUCCGAGCACGCCGUCACCAGCGCGCAGUCACAGCUUGGUGACGACAAGAUAGCCACGGCCACGUGCCCAGCAGGCAUGUGGGUCAAGAAGUGCCAAGUGGUCAAGGUUGGUUCGGGAAACCUUGCCGACGGGGCUGUGGUGGAUGAUGGCGCGACGAAGUGUACUGCACAGAGCGGCACAGCCCACAUGCGGGUCAAGGCCAAGGCUUUCUGCAGCACCACCAAGACCUAUGCCGUCUCGACCAAACCUUGGCAGAAAGGCACAAAGACUGCGUCCUGCGCCAAGCCCUUGUCUUGCAACUGCCGGUCUGCAUGGAAAGUCAAGGACCAGUGUUGGUCUGGUCGCCAGACAGCAGCCACCUUCGACCCCUCCACAACUAACUGCAAACGAAAGUCCGGCAACAGCGGCAUUCAGGUCACCGCUGUGUGUGAGGUCCUUAGCUGUGCCGUUGGCGGAGCCGCGGGCUGCAAGACCUGUGCCGCCGAGCGAGAACGUGAGAUCGUGAACCACUGCGCUUCCUGCAAUCCGGGCUACUAUCUGGACAAGGGCAUAUGCAAGGCCUACACGUGCAAAAAAUCCGCUGGCUCGGGCUGCGGCGGCUGCCGUCCUCAGCACGAGCGGACGGCCAACAACCAAUGCAACGGCUGCAAUGCUGGCUGGGCUUUGGUCGGCACUCAGUGCAAGGAUGACCACACCGUCGUCAGCGGGUUCUCCGGCAACAACGACGACGACACCACACAGGUUGCAUGCCCUACGGGCAUGUGGGCCCGCGAGUGCGAAGUUGUGGAGGUGCAGGGUGCAGGACGGCGUCGCCGCCGCCGACGUGGUCAGGACAACAAGAAGGGCGAUGGUCUGGAUGUGCCGAACCCGAACACCUGCAAGGCCAUCACCACAACGGGCGUCAAACUGAAGGCCAAAGCCCACUGCAGUACAACUGAGACAGCCGUUGCCGACAGCGGCAAAAACUGGAAGAAGGGCUGGGUGGAGGUCGGCUGCACCAAGGGUGAUGCCGUCAGCUGCACUUGCUGGUCGGCAUGGCGAGUCAACGAUUACUGCAAGGCAGGCCCCAACAAGGGUUGGGCAGCCACCUUCAAGCCGAUCCGUGGCAAGUGCAAGCGCUUUUCUCCUGGAGGAAGGGGCAGAAUCCAGGUGCAUGCCCUUUGCUCCAUGGAGCGAUGCAGCAAGUUCGGUUCAUGCCCUGAUGGAUAUUCCGCUAAGCCGGCAACGACGAUCGGUUCCAGCGUGGAAGCUUGCUGCACUCCCGUGGCCUGUCCAGCGGGCUCGACUGGCACAGAUGUUCCAAGUGGCUGCACAUGCGCCGCAGGCUACACUGGCUCCAUUACCAAGAGUGGCGCUUCACCAUUCUACACAGGAAGCUGUGCCGCUGUGGACUGCCCCGAGAACUCUGACGGCAGCAAUGUGCCCAGCGGCUGCACUUGCAAGACAGGCUACUCCGGCAAAAUCACGGCCAUUGCUUCUUCCCCCUUCUACAAGGGCGCCUGCGCGGAGACCUGCGCUCUCUACAGUUGCCCCAAAGGCUACAAGCCCAAGGCCAGCACCACCAAAGCCAACUCGCUCAGCGGCUGCUGUGAGCCGGUGGACUGCCCCGCAGGAUCCUCCGGGGAUGCUGUGCACAGUGGCUGCAGCUGCGAUGCCGGCCAUUCUGGCAGCAUCAGCGCAACGACCUCUGCGCCGUAUUACUCUGGGGCCUGUGCUACUGUGGCUUGCCCAGACAACUCGGAGGGCGCUCAUGUGCCAGCAGGCUGCAAAUGCAAUGCCGGCUAUUCUGGCACCAUCGAGGCCAGCAAAGCCUCUCCCUUCUACACCGGCUCCUGCGCGGCAGUUGCGUGCCCGGCUGACUCCUCCGGCACUGAUGUCCCAAGUGGCUGCAGCUGCAAUGCCGGCUUCUCUGGCAAGAUCACUGCAUCAGAUGCGUCGCCGUUCUACAAAGGAAAAUGCGCCGUUGUGGAUUGCCCAACGCACUCCUCGGGCAGCAAUGUUCCCGCUGGAUGUGCAUGCGAUGCUGGGUACAGCGGAUCCAUCACAGCAGCAGCAGCCCAUCCGUUCUACAACGGCAAGUGCGAGGCCGUUGCGUGCCCCAAGUACUCGACAGGAACCAACGUUCCCGGCGGCUGCAAGUGCAAGAACGGUUACAAGGGCAAGAUCACCGCCUCAACGGCUUCGCCGUUUUACACGGGCAAGUGCACGCCUGUGGGCUGCCCCGACAAUACCGAAGGCAACAACGUGCCGGGAGGAUGUGACUGCCUAGCAGGCUUCUCUGGAGAGAUUGCCGGCGACGACGAGAGGCCUUGGUACACCGGGACAUGUGCGGCCGAAGCUUGCCCUGCGGGCUCAUCUGGCACCGACAUCCCCAGUGGUUGUACCUGCAAAGCUGGCUUCUCGGGAAGUGUCACGGCAACGAAGACGUCGCCAUACUACAGCGGUGGCUGUUCUGCGGUCAGCUGCCCGGCCAACUCUCAGGGCACCAACGUCCCGGCUGGAUGCACCUGCAACACUGGAUACACCGGCACCAUCGCUGCCACUUCCAGCUCGCCCUUCUACUCGGGAUCAUGCGUGGCUACUUGCAGCCUCUACAGCUGCCCGAAAGGCUACAAGCCCAAGCCUGGCACCACCGUUGGGGAGACUCUCGCAGCUUGUUGCGAUGCGGUCGCAUGCCCGGCGAACUCCCUGGGCACAGAUGUGCCAAGCGGCUGCAGCUGCAAGGGCGGCUACACAGGGACCAUCACAGCCACGAAGAAGGCUCCGUUCUACUCCGGCAGCUGCGAAGCGGUGGCUUGCCCGGCUCGGUCCACGGGAGCCUCCAUUCCGGAGGGAUGCGCUUGCAAAGCAGGAUACAGCGGAACUAUCUCACCUGCUACGAGCUCACCUUUCUAUGCAGGGCAGUGCCAGCACGUCAACUGCCCGGCCAAGUCCAGCGGAAACAAUGUGGUGAAGGGUUGCGCAUGUGACGCUGGUUACGAGGGCGAAGUGAAGGCCACAACGACUGCACCGUUCUUCGAGAGCACUUGCAAGGCAGUUGAUUGCCCUGCUCAUUCGACGGGCAAGGACGUCGUUUCUGGGUGCACAUGUGAUGCAGGCUACACAGGAACCAUCACAGCCUCCAGCACGGCACCGUUCUACACAGGUAGCUGCACAGCU